UAUAUAUAAAUAUAUAUACUACUUCAUUCAUCUUUUUAAAGGCGACAGUAUUGCCACCACUGGUGUGUAAAGGGUAUGAGUGGUGUGUGGAGGGGAAGCGUGGUUCUGACCCAGCUCCAGAGCUGCUCACCCGGUCAUGGGACUCUCUGUCCCAGUUCACGGUAGGCUUUGCAGAACUGACACCCCGGUACCCGGCCGCUCCAGGGACUGGCUCUCCGUCCUCCACCCCCCCGUCGGACCUGCCUCAGAGCACAGCGCUGCGCACUGGGCUGUAGCGAUUGGUUGGCUCUCUCAGUAGGUGUCGCUGAUGAGGAUGUGUGAGCCUGCGUCGGGAACAAAGGAACCAAUCGACGCAAUGAAAGUGCUGGAGCCACAAGACGGCAGCGCCACCCCGACUGACCCCUCACCUAAAUCAGAAAGCCCCCAACAUGAUAAGAAAACCAGAGACGAUGACCUGUGCGAACACACCAGCGAACCACAGGACAAAAUUCCCAUCCCGCUGAGCCAGUCUUUGGAAACAGAGGCACAGCUCAUCAAAGACGAGGAUGAUUCCGGAAAAAACUCUGACAAGACAGAGAAACAUGACAAAACGCCAAGGAAAAUGCUGUCAAGAGAUCCCAGCCAGGAGUACACGGACUCCACCGGCAUCGAUCUUCACGAGUUUUUGGUUAACACACUGAAAAACAAUCCUCGGGACAGGAUGAUGCUGCUGAAACUAGAGCAGGACAUUCUGGAUUUUAUCGGUAACAAUGAGAGCCAGAAAAGGAAGUUUCCUCCCAUGACCUCCUACCACCGGAUGCUUUUGCACCGAGUCGCUGCGUAUUUUGGCAUGGACCACAACGUCGAUCCCACGGGCAAAUCUGUCAUCAUCAACAAAACCAGCAAUACCAGAAUACCCGAUCAGAAGUUUUCUGAGCAUAUCCGUGACGAAAAAUCGGAUGACUUCCAGAAGCGGUACAUCCUGAAGCGGGAUAACUCUAGUCUGGAUCGGGAUGAUGCCUCGAUGCGAAUGCGUCUGAAGGAGGACAGAAGGAGCAAGUCCAUCGAGGAGCGAGAGGAGGAGUACCAGAGAGCGAGAGACAGGAUCUUCGCACAGGAUGGUCAGGAAAAUUUUCACCUCGAAAAAAGGAUUCAAGAAGAUGAGAACUGCGCCACACAGCAAAGACGACAAAUAUUCAGGUUGCGGGAUGUGCGUUCUGGAAGCAGCAGACAAAGCAGCUCAGAGAAUGAGCCAAAGUACAGUGAGCCCAGGCCAUGGAGCAGCACAGACUCCGACAGUUCGCACAGAAACCUCCGCCCAGCCGUCACUAAAGCCAGCAGCUUCAGCACCAUCUCCAUUCUCACACGCACAGACAGCACACACAGCAGUACCAAGAGCACCGGACCCCUCUCCAAAACAGGUCAGCCUUUUGUUAAUCCUGAUGGCACGGCUAUGAUCUACAACCCCACUGUGACCUCACAACAGGGGCGGGGCCAACAGCCACAGCCACCACCUCCUCCCCCUCAACACCAAUCAGCCAAUCACAUUCUCACACAGCAAGACUCCCUGAGUAACCAGUUCAGCCAGUUGAGUUUGAUGCAGCAGGCUUCUGGUGAGGGUCACGACCCUCAUGGUCCCGCCUACCCCCCCACCAUGGUGCUCCAGCCCCCUCAGCAUGCCGGAUACAUGCUGUCUCCCCCAGCCCCGCCCCUACCAACACCGCCCUAUCCUACAGCGGGGCCGCCUGCAAACCAGCCAAUCAUACAGCAGCAAGGAUACAUACAGCAGCCUGUGCAACAGCCGUGUUACUGUGGCCCGAGUCAGUACCCCUCCUUCAACCAGCAGUACCGCCCACUUGGACCUGUCCACUACAGCACCCCACCGACCCAGCCUGUACCUGCACAGCCCCCCCAACAACCAGGUUAUCAGACAGUGUUGUCUAACCAGCCACCCAGUCACCAUAACGUGGUCAGUAUGCCUCAGCCACCUGCACAGACACUCAGCCAACAGGGCAGCAUGGCCAAUCAGAUGCCCAGCAUGCUGCUCCAGUAUUCCCCUGUCCCAGCCUAUCAGGUGGCAGUCCCACAGGGCUCUCUAAAUGUCCCCCAGCCCCAGAUCCUGGUACCAGCCCAGUCAGGGCAGACUCCAGCCCAGGCUCCAGGCAUGCACGUCUACUACAGCGUCCUUCCACCGGGACAGCACACCGCUGUGAGCACCACAAUGGGGUUUCUGCCGACUCCAGGGCCAGAGCAGAUGCCUUUCCCUCCAGACUCUUCCACCUGUGGCUCAAAGCCAGUCCCUCCGCAGCAAUGCACAGGUGUGCGUCCACCACCUCCUGCUCCUUGUGGAGGAGUGGUAAUGAUGCAGUUGACAGUGCCUCCCACCCAUCAGCCCAACCCACACUCUCCCCCCCAGUGGAAACACAACAAAUACUAUAGCAUGGACCAUCAGCGCAGCCACAAAGUUACAGAGCUCCCCCUGAUGGACAACUCACAGAGCAGUCCUCAACUGGUCAGCCCCGCUCCUUCACCCUCCCCUACCUCACACCAGACCAAUCAGAAAAACAGCCAUUCAGGCCACGCCCCCAUCCACAUCAUGCCUCAGUUCCCUCGGCAGUUUGUCCCUGGCCAAGCAGGUGAUGGCCGGUAUCCUCUAUUGGGGCAGCCACUUCAGUACAACUCUGCUAUCAGACCGCCUCUCCUGCAUGGCUCUCAUAUGCUCCCCAACCACCGUCAGCAGCACCAGAACUCUGUUGGAGUGCGGCACGCUGGCCGAGGGAAAAGACAGGUUAAGAAGGCACUGUCCACAGAGCAGAGCUCUGACACAGUGAGUGGACGUGUCUUGGAGGUGACUGACCUGCCAGCGGGGAUCAGUCGUGCUGAAGCAGACUCUUUACUGGUUGAACUGAGUAAACUGGGAGCGCUCAUUAAAUGGCUGCCAGAGCAGCAGCCCAAUCGCAUGCCGUGCAUGGGGAGCAAACAAGGUGGAGACUCGAACUCUGAGCCCCCUAAACCCCUCCCAGACCUGGCCUCCACCUACACCAUCUUAGCCACGUUUCCUUCCAGACAGGCGGCACAGAACGCACUGCUCAAACACAACAGCGUCCUUAACGCCUUCAGACUCAGAACUACACACAGAAACUACAACUCCCACAGUCUGGAGAGAGCUAGCUCACACUGAGCCCUGCCUCAACCAAUCACCUAUCACCAACACUGCCUCUGCUUACUUCCUGCCAUCUUGAUGCCCCACCUAUUUUUUUUUCUCCAACACAUUUGCUCAAUAAAAUGGG